UUCAGAUAACUGGCAGUUUAUUGUUUGUACGUUUAUGUAGUGCUCGUCUUAAUAUCAGUUUUAUUACUCGGUUGUUUCUUUUAUUAAGACACAGCCAUGCCAGAGGUUAAGUUGGAAGAGGUGCGACGGUUCAUGGAGGACAGCCUGAAGGCAGUUGGGACUCCGGAGUCGGAAGCGAAGGCCCACGCUGACCUGCUGAUGCACGCAGACACUGUGGGACAUUACAGCCAUGGCUUGAAUCGACUUGAAUUCUACAUAAACGACUGCCAAUCCGGGGCGUGUGUACCUACAGCCAAGCCUGAAGUCCUGAAGGAGUCAGGAGCCACGGCCUGGGUAGACGGGCACAAUGCCCUUGGGGCUACUGUCGGCAACUUCUGCAUGGACGUAGCUAUCAAAAAAGCUAAGGAAUGUGGAGUCGGAUGGGUUUCUGCUAAACGUAGCAACCACUUCGGUAUGGCAGGCUACUGGGCUUUGAAGGCAGAACGUGAGGGGCUAAUAGGCAUGGCAUUCACCAAUUCGUCGCCUAUCAUGGUUCCUACUAGGUCGAAACAAAGGGCCUUGGGUACAAAUCCUAUAGCGAUGGCAGCCCCGGCUUCUGGUGAUGACAAGCUCGUGGUCGAUAUGGCGACUACCACUGUCGCUAUGGGGAAGAUUGAAGUUCAAAUCCAUAAGGAGGAGCCAAUACCACAGGGCUGGGCUCUGGGUUCUGAUGGGAAGUCCACUACUGACGCUAAGGCUGCGUUCAGUACAGGUCGGUUGAUGCCUCUGGGUGGAGAAGAAAAGACCAGUGGAUACAAAGGAUAUGCCCUCAGUGCUAUGGUGGAGACUUUUUGCAGUGGAUUAUCAGGGUCAAAAUCUACGCACAACAUUCGUGGUUGGGAGUUGACCAGCACCCAAGGACCUCCAGACUUGGGGCAGUGCUUUGCAGCGAUAGACCCUGAGUGCUUCGCUCCAGGGUUCGCGGAGAGGGUUGCUGAUUGUCUUAACACAUGGAGGAGUUUGGAACCGGUGGACCCUGCACUGCCUGUAUUAGCUCCGGGAGAUAAGGAAGACAAGAUUGGCAAGACGACAUUAGCUAAAGGGACCGUCAACUACCCAGAGAAACAAAUUCAAGCUAUGCGUGUGAUGGCUGAGAGAAUCGGAGUCAAACCAAUACAAACUAUUUCUACCUAGAUUUUAUAUUUUUGAUGACUAAAAUUCAUGUUUAAGUAACACUGUAUUUGUAUACUUAAAUUAUUAAAUCUUGUGUUUUGUAUGAAGUCUACGUAUCUAAGGACGUAUAAAAACGUAUUACAUUCUAUUAAUAAAACUAUAUAUUUUUUAAAUAUUUUCUACGAUUAGCAGUUAAGUUACUGAGAAGGAAUUGCCUGCCUUUUGCACACUCUUAACAUUGUAUUUGCGUGCGAGUGUCCUAAUAAAAUUACGCAAUGAAUCUUCUGAUUUAAUAACAUGCAAUACACCUUUAGGUAGUCUGUGGCAGCUAUCUGAUCCUUUGCUAAUCGUUUUGCGGCUUAACAAUGCCCUUGUCUUCUUGUUUUUUUCCUGUUAAGAGAUAACAGUAUUGUUACCUACCUAGUAUCUACCUCUGCUGAGAUCAUCGGCGUAAAACAUAUUGGAUGACUCGAUUCUGAAAGAGAUCGUAUAUCGAACCGGAUUAAAUUGUUCAUAAUCUUAGAUUAUACAGAUUAAAGCACA